UUGAAACACAUGCGCCAUAAGUAGCUUAAAUUAUUAUUAAUUUUUUAAUAAACAAAGAGACCUUGUUUCGUAAAGGAAUUCCGCGUGUUCAAUUAAAUUUCUUAGUUGAAAAUGAAAAUAGCGACAUCUGAUGGGUAGUUAUGCAAACUAGGGAAUAGAGCUGACAUUUCGUUCCAAUUGCCAUUUUAAUGAUCACAGUUUGAAUGCACCAUGUGCUCGUUGUGUAGAGCGUCAUAAACUUUAAUAAUUAUUUAUAAAAUAUUGUAUUAUUGGUACUGUUGGCAGUGUGGCUGUUUCAAUUUGUGUAUUGCUAUUGAUGGUAUUGCUUUAUACGAUUUCGAUAUCCGCAAUACGGUAACGUUUUACAGAAUUCAAGAUGGGAAGAAAAGCAAAAUUUGAUGGAACAGUUGUCUCAACUGGUCCAGGCAGAAAAGCCAAGAAACAGAGUGAUCCUACGUUUCCAAAAGGAUUAAUAGAAAAAACUUCUGGACCUCUGAGUCGCCAUCAAAAGCAAAGAGCAAAGAAGAGACUGUUAAAGAAGAAUCAGAAUGAAAAAUUACGUGAGCCUAAGGCAAAAAAAUCGAAAGUGUCUAAAGAAGUUGUUAAAAGAGAAAAGAUUCAGUCUUCUGCAGAUGAGAAUGAGGAAGAAGAGGAUGCAGAUGAAACUCCUGUAGAGGAAACUAGCGAAGAGGAAGAACAGGACAAUGAAGAAGUUGAGCAGAAUCAGAGUCUUGGCUUAAAAAGUGGACCAGCUGACAGUGACGAUGCAGACAGUAGUGAAGAGGAGGAAGAAAAUGAAGAUCAAGAUGAUAGCGAUGACGACGGCGACGAUGAUAAUCUCCUGCCCAUUGAAAAGGCCAACAAGAGAUUAAAGAAAAAGCAGGAAAAAGAACGAAAACUUGCAGAAGAUGAAAUGAAGGAUAUUGCCACGCAUCAAGAUAUUUUCACAUUUCCUACAGAAGAAGAACUUGCAAAUCCAACGAGUUUAAAAGACGUUCAGCAAAGAAUCCGUGAUGUAAUUAUGGUUCUGUCAGACUUCAAAACAUUACGAGAUAAGGACAGGCCAAGGGUCGAUUACAUGGAAUUGCUCAAAGCUGAUUUAUGUACCUAUUUCAGUUAUAAUACUUUCCUUAUGGAAAAACUCAUGCAAAUCUUUCCCCUUAGUGAACUUCUCGAAUAUCUUGAAGCAAGUGAAGUACAGAGACCUAUGACACUUCGUACAAAUACUUUAAAAACACGACGUCGAGAUUUGGCUCAGGCAUUAAUAAACAGAGGAGUAAAUUUAGAUCCAAUUGGAAAGUGGACAAAAAUUGGCUUGGUAGUUUAUUCUUCCCAAGUGCCAAUGGGAGCCACACCAGAAUAUUUGGCUGGCCAUUACAUUCUACAGGGCGCUUCAAGUUUGCUACCGGUAAUGGCGCUUGACCCAAAAGAAAAUGAAAGGAUCCUAGAUAUGUGUGCAGCACCUGGUGGUAAAGCUUCGCACAUUGCUGCCCUAAUGAAGAACACCGGAGUUCUAUUCGCCAAUGACAUCAAUCAGGAUCGUAUAAAGGCUGUAAUUGGAAACUUCCAUCGCCUCGGCAUUGUUAAUUCGGUUAUCUGUAGCUAUGAUGGAAGAAAAAUUUCAUCUGCAAUCAAAGGGUUUGAUCGUGUGUUACUAGAUGCUCCCUGUACAGGUACUGGUGUAGUGGCCAAAGAUCCAGGUGUAAAAACAAAUAAAGAUGAAGUUGAUGUGCAGAGAUGUUGCACCUUACAGCGCGAGUUGCUUUUGGCUGCUAUAGACUGUGUAAAUGCUAGAUCGAAAACUGGUGGAACAAUUGUCUAUUCCACCUGUUCAAUUUUACCUGAAGAAAACGAAUGGAUUGUUGAUUAUGCAUUGAAGAAACGGGAUGUAAAGGUCGUCCCUACCGGGUUGGAGUUUGGUGCAGAAGGUUUUACAAAUUAUAGGCAACACCGAUUUCAUCCUUCGUUGAAACUUACACGACGAUUUUAUCCACACGUCCACAAUAUGGAUGGUUUCUUUGUGGCUAAACUCAAAAAGUUCUCCAAUAUCAUUCCUAAGAAGGACACACAAAAGGACGAGGAGGAGGAGGAGGAGGAGGAGGAGGAGAAGGAGAAGGACUCCGAGUGACUGUAACGUUAAUGGUAACAAAUACAAGAAUAUGUUUUUCUGAUUAUAAAUGAUGAAAUGUUUAACAAGUGGUAAUUCUGUUUAUUUAUUUACUGCCACAGAACCUUUGAACAAUAAGAAUGCGUAGUGAAAACAUAUUUACAUUGUAAUUAUAGGUAGCAUAUUUUUUCGUGUAUUUUUGAUAUUCCUUCUCAAAUUAUUUAAAAAUCCGUAUGGUGUACAGAGAACGCAAUAUGUAUAGUUUAUACAGUUUUUUAAAGUGUAUUAUAAAUUGAGAAUACAGAAUUUGUGGAAUCUAA